UUAAAGAUAUUGUUUGGUGUAUUCUAUAUUUAAAUUGUACUGGUCAAAAGCCUGAGGAAGACCAUGAUUAUGGUCAGAAAUGUUAGUUUUAAUUAAAAUUUGUCAUUACUGAGAUAUAAUAAGGUUUUCAUGGGUUGACUGUCUGACAAAGCUACUCUGGCAAAAUAUGCCUGUUGUGAGGAAUUAGGAUUCUAUCAAAUUCUAACUUAAGUUUUUUUUUUACUGGAAAAUUUGAUUCACGGUGAUGAUCAUAUUUUUCAUUUAUAUCUUUUAACAUUAAUUUAUCUGAUGGUCAAGUAGCUGAGGUGGUAAAGAAAUCAGCUUUCCCAAUCUGAGGGCUUGAAUCAAGUCUCUUAAUGUACAUAUGAUGGAGUUAAAAACAUGUUUUAAAAAUAUAUUUUAAUAAAAAGGCCAAGUGAAUACCGAAACUUUUAACAACCUGCUAUCUUAGACAACUCUUCCUGUAAAAUCUUGCAAACUAUCUUCUCUAGUGUCCACAUCUAACCAAUCAGUCAAAGAAUCAUUAGUUAUUUCUGACUCAUUCAAUAUUUCCCAGAUACGAGAAAUUUCAGCCUCGGUGAAGAUAUUAUUUGAAGUUGAAUCUGAAAGUGUUGUGGUUUGAUCGAGAUCAACUUGAUUAUUAGAUUCAUUUAAUUUUUUCCAAUAGUUUCUAAUUGUCUCUGAUGUGAUUGCCUGCCAGGCAAGUCCAAUACUGUAGGACACGUCUUUGAGAUCCAUUUUUUUUUUUUUUUUAAAUAUGUUGACGUCAAUGUUUGAUGCUAAUAAUGACUUCAUCAUUUCUCUUUGGUAAUUUGUUUUGAAGGUACUAAUAAUGCCUUGAUCUAAGGGUUGUAUAAGAGCAGUAGUAUUAUUUGGAAGAUACAUUACUUUUAUUUUACCAUUGUCAGACACAAGGUUAUCAGCUGGUGGAUGAGCUGGGCAAUUAUCUAAGAGAAGCAAAUCUUUUGGAUCUAUACUCAAUCCUCUCAGCAAUUUUUGCACAGAGGGAACAAAGGAAUUGUGAAACCAGUCACGAAAUAUGUUAGAAGUCAUCAAAGCAUUUAUGUUGUUUUUAUGAACAACUGGCAGAAAUUUUAUAUUGUUUGACUUGAAACAUCGUGGGUUUUGACUUUUACCUAUAAUGAGUGGCGUCAACUUGUGAUUUACACAAAAUAAAGCUGUUAUACUUUCCUUGCUUAAUUUUAAUCCUGUCUUUUGUGGGUUACUUUUCAGAUCUAAGGUUUUACUUGGCAACAUUCUGUAAUAUAAUGCAGUCUCAUCAGUUAUAAACUUGUGCAUCAGUAUACCCUUCUUUCUUAAUGGAAAUUGUGAAUUGUUUGGAAAAUUCUGCAGUGCCUUCAAUAUCACUAGACUUUGCUUCACCAGAAAUGGAAAUUUGGAAGAUGCCAUGUCGUUUUUGCCAAUGCCACAACCAACCAUCAGAAGCCUUAAAAUCUCCUUCUGCUUUUAAGCUUACAUGGAAUUUUUCAGCCUGCAACUUUAAAGCAGUUUCAGAUACAGCGCUUGUUGGAUUUCACUUACGAGCCUUGCCACCACAUGUCUGUUGCCUCUUGUGUCCGGCCCAAGAAUGUGAACUGGAAUUUCGAUUUUCCCCUCCAGCCUUGUCGCAGACUAUUGUUUUCACCCUACCUCCUGGUGGGCUAGGGAUAAAUAUAAGCAUGACGAUGAUAAGUCGUACUAAUCUUAAACAACAGCUGCAAAGAGAGCAGACUCAAGAACAAGAAAAGAAAGAAGCUGAACAAAGACAAUUAUUAAUUGAACAAAGACUUUUUUCAUGUUCUGCUCCUUCCAGUUCAUCAUCAGCAAUUAGUGUGCCAUCUGCAGCAAUAGUGAAAUUACCUCGUCAAGUUUUACAGGUUCAGAGUAGAUUGGAAAAUCCAACACAAUAUCAUGUUAUCCAAAGUCAGAAACGGCAAGUCCAUCAGUAUCUUAGUAAUACCCAUGGAGCAAGUGGUAAGAGUCUUCAAGAUUCUGCUGUAGGGAGUAGCCCACAAGUUGUACCUGUAUCUCCUAUUCAAUUGCAAAAUAAACAAGAACCAACUCCAAACAGUCCAUUAUCUGUAGCACCUAGUAGUUCUGCAGCAACUAGUCCAUCAGAGAUACCUGGUAAUACAAAUAUCAUAAAUCUUUUUGCCUCAAUACCUGUUGUUAACAAAGUAUCUGCCUCGUGUCCUGCAGAAGUUACAAGAAUUAAAGAAGAACCUGCAUUAUUUACGGAAAUAGAUAUUCAUGCUUUGAAAGACAGGCAAAAGAAAGAUAAUCAUAAUAUGAUUGAGAGAAGGAGACGAUACAAUAUUAAUGAUAGAAUUAAAGAAUUAGGGACACUUUUACCAAGAAAUAAUGAUCCUUAUUCUGAGUUAACUAGAGAUGUUCGUCAGAAUAAAGGAACCAUACUAAAGGCUUCGGUAGAUUAUCUUCGUCGCUUAAAGCAAGAAGUGGAAAAAAUACCAAUAAUGGAAGAAAAACAUCGUAUUUUGGAACAACAAAACAAAAAACUAUUGCUCAAAAUUCAAGAACUGGAAUAUCAGAUGAAAAUGCAUGGAGUGAAUGAAUGUAAUGUCCAAACUCAAAAUAGAUCAAACAUUUCAAAACAGCAGGCACCAUUAUUGAAUCAAACAGUGAAGAAAGCUUUUGAUGAAAACUUAAAUAGAAAUUCAUCUGAAAGUCCAAAUUCAUAUGUAUGCCAGAAUGAAGAACUAGCAAUGGAUGAAGAAUUUCAUAGUAUAACUAGUGAUCCCAUGUUAUCGUGGAAUGCAACCCAAGAUCUAUUUUCUUUGGAAAAAAUGGAUGUAUUAUCUUAAUCUACUAACAAAUAUAAUUUUUUUUAAUAAAAAAUUAUAUCUUCUUAUAAUUCGUAAGAUUUUAGCGUAAUGUCUAAUGAAUCACAUAAUACACGAUCAUAAAAUCUUGAGAUUCUAUGAAGUAUUUAGUGAAACUUAUUUUUUUUAUACGUCUUUAUUGCAUUUCUAAAUAACUUUUUAUUAAUUUAGAAAUUGGCCAGUGAUUUAUUUUUUACAUUAUAAAAAUUUUUAAUUGAUUUUAACUGACCAGCAGACAUCUUCAUAUGUGUACUGCUUUACGUGAAAUUUAAAAGAUUCUUAGUAGUAAAUUAAUGGAAAUGUAAGAAUUGUUUAGAAAAAUUAUAAAUGCUUCCAGUAAUUGUGACGAAAUGAAAUAUAGAAUAUUCAAUUUCACAUUAGUGACAAAUGACAAUUAAGUUUGUUACAGCCAGUUUAAGUAGCCAUAUUUAUAUCAUUGGACUCUUAUUGUAUUUAAGGAAAUAUAUAGUCUAUAUCAAUUUUCCUUAUUUCAAUUUUCAGGGCUAAAAUUUUUUAAUUCACAGGAUUUAAUGUUCAAAAUCCUGAAAUGAA